AUGACCUUUUCAACUCCUUCAGCACCGCCGUAUUUCUUGACGAAUCCUAGUUUUACCUACCACCAUCAGGUUCCUAUAAAGACAGAAGCAGAGGCUUCUCCCGAUUUGUCUCCGACACCAGCUGCUGAGUCUUUGCAACACUAUCAGUUUAAAUUUCACCCUUCGACGUUGUCGUCGCACGCCCCCCUUCCUCCAUCCCGGAAUCCCUCCGAGCCGCCACCCUGUCUCCCACCGACCCUUUUUCGUUUCGGGUCAUCUGGGAGUUCUUAUAGUCUACCGGCUGCACAACUGUGGCCACCAACAAGCUCUUCCCAACAUCAUCUGCUACAAACCCACCAAACCCACAACGACGACCUCAUCGGUAACACCUCGAGCCAAUCAGUGGAUUAUAUCCAGCCGGCAAUGUCAUAUAGCGACGAGUACGACAACGUUUCUGACCUCGCGGACGCUUCGUUGGAGCAUUCGGGACUUGGAUCGUAUGGAGGGUCGGGAUCAACCUCACAAGAGAGGACUAUCAGGCGUCGAAGUAGCAAAGCGUGCGACCAGUGUCGCAAGUCCAAGUGUAAAUGUGAGAGGUCCAACCCCAACGAACCUUGUAAGAGCUGUGUAAUGCUUGGAACACGGUGUACCUUCUUGGGACCCUCUCGGAAGCGCGGCCCGCCCAAGGGUUACAUUGACGCAAUAGAAGCGCGUCUUCACCAAACCGAGGCGUUGCUAGGAAUUAUGCUCGCUACAUCUGACCCACGCGCUCGAUCCUUGCUUCAGGACAUUGCAAAGGACCCCUUGGCCAAGGAGAUUAUUACGCGCGUUGAUAAUUCCCCAUACGGCGUCAAAGGUCGGAAACGCAGUAACUCGGGGAAGGAUCCUUCAAAAUCUCGGCCUAGCCAUGUUGCAUCCAGUUCAGAGUCACCGAGCCAGAGACACUUUAAAACCGAUGACGGCCAGCUAGAGUUGGCGUCAAUGCAUCCCUCAAACGAAUGGCAAGACAGUGUGUCUGCUAUGUUGAAUGAGGCACCUUCAUCACGCCGGAACGCUCCUUUGGAAAUUGUCACUUCUACUCUGACGCCGACAACAGACGCAUCAACCUCCUUCCCGACGACCGCCAACACGCUGGGAAACCUGUCCAUCAAUUCGUAUAGUCCUGCAUCUGCUGCAACGCCCAGCGACGACAAUCGUUCUCCUGGGAGGCGCCAGAGGCGCAGAAUUGGAGACGAUGACUAUGCACCAUACACCGGAUUGAAUUCGUCCGUGUCAUCUGUGUCGUUGCAUCAGGGUUUUCUCUCAGCGAGGCGUGUCGGACGGCCAUACUUGCGUCCGGGGUCCCGCACGAAUACUUCUUUUGAAGACUCAGUGAGCAUUAGGGAGAGGCGAAGUUCCAGCGUUGAUAGCCUCAGCUCCCCAAGCGAAGAUGACCUUGCCGGAGCGGUUGGUCAGCUAAGCUUGAAUGAGGACGAGGAGCUGAGAUAUCACGGUAAAGUGAGCGGUUUGCACCUCCUGGGCAAUCAAGAGAGGAUGGACAGGAGAAACGAAGGUGGAAUUUGGCGGUUUCCCAAAGCUCGAAUUUGGCCCCCACUUCCAUCGGGCUCAAGGGCUGACCAUGUUGAAGGUGAAUUCGCUUCAGAAUUACCUAGUAUUGAGGUCCAAGAGCAUCUACUGGAACUUUACUUCAACUACGUACACCCAUCAUUUCCAAUUGUUCACAAGCGUACAUUUUUUGACGCAUACCGAGCUAGUGAUCAUCCAGUUAACUCGCCUGGAAACGAAGCGGGGCUGUCUCCAUUUAACCGCCAACGCCGACCUAUCCCCACUCUACUUCUUCUCGCAAUGUUCGCACUUGCCGCUCGCUAUGACGAGACUACCACGCCACUACCAUCGGACUCAACUCUGAUGUGGGUGGCGGGGGAUGACUACUUAGACCAAGCCAAAAUCAUUUUGAAUGGCACCUACACCAGUUCACGAGCAUCGACAUGUCAAGCUCUCUUACUGAUGGGGUAUCGGGAGAUUGGAAUAGGCGCGAUGGCUCAGGCAUGGACUUACAUCGGCAUGGCCAUACGUAUGGCGCAAGACCUUGGAAUGCAUCGGAGUGCUGAUGGAUGGACAAGAGCGGACCUCGGUGGCCGGCUAUUUAGCGAGUGGGAACUCGACGAACGCAAGCGACUAUGGUAUGGAUGUGUCGUCAUGGACAAAUAUGUCUCGGCUUACAUUGGUCGGCCCUUAAUGAUCUUUGAGAGAGACUUCGACACUACAAUGCCUAGCGAGAGUGAUCCGGAAGAAGUGGAACAACUGUCGUUCCGUCCUGGUCUAGCCAGUCACUACAUCUCUUGUUUUAACUCAUCUGCAUCUUUAUCGGCGAUCCUCGGUAAGGUUGCUCACGGAGUUUACGCCGUACGCCCCGUGUCGAGCCGCCAUUCAGAAUUAGUUAUUCUGGACGGUCUACUGAACAAGUGGUACCUUGACCUCCCAAAGCAAUUGCGCUAUGACCCAGGAAAAAAGCAAGAGCAGAUUCCCCUUCCUCAUAUCCUGACUUUGCAUAUGCAGUACUGGUGCACCGUCAUUUUACUUCAUCGUCCUUUCAUUCGCCAGAUGUACGAUGCUAAGAACAGACACCCAGAAGAAUCUGAUGACGUCGAGGCGUAUGCUUCUGCGGCCAAGAGUUAUGAACUUUGUGCGGCCGCUGCGAAUCAUAUUGCGGUUAUCGUGGCCGCGUAUGUGAAUGAAUAUCUUUUGAACCGUUGUUCCGUCUUCCUUUGUUACUAUGUUUUCACUGCAAGCAUCAUGCACGUCACCGUCCUUACUUCCCAUCCUUCCGACCCUCAGUCCCGCAUGGGCCUUAUGAAAUGCAUGGAAGCGCUCGAAAAAAUGGAGAUUAUUUGGCCAAGUGCCGCUCGAGCUCUCGAAUUGUUGCGAGGCGCCAAGUUUAUCAGAGGAGACCCCGAGUUCCCCUUGGCUCCUGCCACCUCUGAUCGACAGAAGCGGUCAGCGGAACACCGUUUAGACGACUGUUUCGACCGAAAACAUUCGUCUAGCAGCGACCAUGUCAAUUAUCAACAUCCUACCACCCGUUCACACCUCCCCGCGCAGUACGUAGACAACGUGUAUUCGAACAGCAGCUACAUUGCGCCAAACCCUGUUCACCAGGCGUCAAACUUCCAAUGGCAAGGAGAAACUCUUAGUUCCUUCAAUGGGCCGUUAUCAACAUCAGUCCUGCCCCAGCUCUACAGCACAGGUCUGGUUGAUGAUCGCAGCCCUACUACCUACAACACCCACCGUGACAACACCCAUGUGGAACACCCUCCCCAAAGUCAGGCGCAUCGAUACCCCCAGUACUGGAAUGACUACUCAACUUUCUCCCAACUUGAUACUUCCGCGUACGCUGAACCAGCACCGAUAACCCAUCAAACGGCGCCAGUAAAUACUCAAAUUUAUAUUCCGGAACAAUACAGCGUUUAUAAUAACCAACCUUUUCCGAACCAGUAA